AUGAAGCAAACUGCGCUUCCUAUUUCUAUAAAGGAGUUUGCUGAUGCUCUUUUCAAGAAACCAUGUCAGAUUCCUUAUCGUCAUGGCCAGAAAGGUCACAAAACUUUGGGACUUGCAGUGAGUGGUGGAGUGGAUUCUAUGGCACUUGCGGCGUUGUGUAUACAAAUGAAAAAGAAUUACAUACCGUUUGCAUCUGAUGAAUAUCCAAUAAAUCUGAACAAAAUCGACUUUCGAGCUAUUAUCGUCAACCAUGGAGUAAGAGAUGGCAGUUUAGAAGAAGCUCGGAAAGUCACGGGGGUGUUGGAAUCUCUCGGCAUGCCUUCACGAAUCUUAAGUCUCCCGUGGAAAGAUGUUACUGGAAAUCCUUCCUCACUUCCUAAUUUCGAGAGCUUAGCCAGAAAGUACCGUUUUCAAGCCAUUGGAGAAUAUUGUCGUAAACUUGACAUCAGUUCAGUCCUUCUCGGACACCACGCUGAUGACCAAGUUGAGACCAUCUUAAUGCGUCUAACAAAAGGCGCUCUAGGGGUUGGUCUACUCGGUAUCAAACCUUCCUCUCCCAUACCGGAAUGUGAAGGCAUGUAUGGAGUUCAUGAAAGUGGAAGUCCCAUUACACUCUCUAUGCCUAUCUCCGACAUGAUGGAUUACCAAUGGCCCCCUCGCACUCGGGACAUCGGACAAGUUAAUAGCGAUUUGCCUGCAUCCGGAACUUCAAGAAAUAUGACCCAGCUAGAAUUAGAGUCUGGAGGUGUAACCGUCUAUCGUCCUCUUCUCCCGUUUCCCAAAGAAAGACUCAUUGCGACGUGUAAGGCCUUGGGCGUGGAGUGGUUUGAAGAUAAUACCAACACCGAUCCUACCCUGACGGACCGGAAUGCAAUACGUCAUCUAUAUGAUCGUAGAGGGAUGCCUUGGGUGUUACCGAAAUCAAAGGUUCUUUCCCUUGCAGCACAAGUUCAAGAAACUCAUGAUAUACGUCAACAAAAAGUCGAUCAGUUCAUGAAAAAGUGCGAGGUGUUGAGCUUUGAUACUAGACGAGGAACCCUUCUUAUAAGAUUUCCUUUCCUACCUCACGAUAUCAUCGACAGAAAAACGUUAGCUGCUAUGAUUCUACGUCGUAUAAUCAUGAUAGUAACGCCAAAUGCCGUAGUAUCCCUCGAUCGAGUUUUCAGUGCAGUUUCAGAAAUCUUUCCCUUACCGGGUAUACCAGUAAUGUCAAAAUUCUUGAAUACAGCAGGUGUCAUGUUCCAACGUCUCAACUCAGACCAGGAAUCUCUGUCUAACAACGAAUGGCACAUCCAUCGUCAGCGCAGAUACAGAGUCUCUUCGGAUGAGGUUGUUGUCCCAGAGCUACUUCCAGCGAAGCUGCCCAAAAAGUUCCUGUUUGAUAACCGAUACUGGCUUUUGAUACAUAACGAACUAAAAGCCCAGGCUGGCACUCUUGUUGUUCGUCUCUUCCAAACGAGUGAUAUGAAUAAAUUGGAGCGGGCUCUAGGUGGGCAACGAUUAAGGAUAUUGAAGAAGCUUUUGAGAACGAUUAGAGGUGAAGAAGGAUGGAGGUACUCUCUACCUGUUGUGGUGUGGAAACCACAUGGGGGUUUUGUCGUGGUUAAGGAGGUGAUUGUUGGUCUACCGACUUUGGGGGUGAAAGUUAGUGAUUUCAGCCAUGUCGAGUGGAGGUGUUGGUACAAGAAGAUAAAUCUGGAUGAUCUAGGUCUACAGGCUGCAGUGGAUUCGGCUGCAGUGGAGCCGUAUUCUUUGGAAGUCCGCCGGGUGAUGAAGCUCAAAGGAGAAAUCUCAGAUAAGCCGGGAUUUGCACCAUGGCUCAGAAAACGUGAAAGCUCUACGAGUGGCGACGCGCUAUGA